UUAGUUAUGACAAAAGGAAAAAGUUCAAUUGCGUGGAAUUUGGAAUUGAAGAUGUCUCCAUUUCUUGGCAGGUUGAAAAGGUGGGCGGUGGAUCUUCGAAGGGUUAGGGAUAUGCGUGGGUUGUGUCCACCAGCUGCACUUCAAACAAGUCACAUGCUUUCGUGCAGCAAUAGUGGAGCCGUGCACCUUGACGGCGCGACCGGUUUGUUGUUCGCGAAUUGACAAUCGACGACAACGAACUGCAACCUGUACAGGCACAGCAACUUGCCCGACUUUGCAUACCGCGAGCUGGGCUCCAAUGGUAUCACUACCAGCCAACAUUUGCUGGAUUUAGCAGCCUUAAAGCGGCUGCAAUUGCAGUCUCUCACGCGCUCCCAUGUCUCCCUCCGCACCGCCAAAACACUCCAUCCUCGACAGCUUGAACAAUGCCCAGGCACGCGCCGUAACCUCCGAUGCUGCAACCGUCGCCAUUCUAGCCGGUCCAGGCAGUGGCAAGACACACACUCUUACUUCUCGAGUCGUUUGGCUGGUUGACCACGUUGGCUACCAACCCCAAGAUGUCGUCGUCGCGACCUUCACCGUUAAGGCAGCUCGAGAGAUGAAGGAGCGUAUAGGAAAGGCACUUGGAAAUGGUCGCGAAAAGAAGAUUAUUCUGGGGACAUUUCACAGUAUUGGUCGACGUUACCUUGCCGCGUACGGCCGCCAUAUCGGACUGAGCGAAAAGUUUAGCAUUGCCGACGACAACGACUCAAGAUCCAUCAUUACGAGAAUAUGCAAGAGACUGCAGCUGGGGCUGGAUCCACCCAUGGCAAAGGCGUGGAUUAGCAAGAAGAAGGCCAAAGGAAUGGAACCUAGCCCUUCGUCUGUGCCUCAACCGCCGAAGAAACAACCGAUACAGCAAGGUCAACGGGACCUGGAGGUCUGUUAUAAGGAAUACCAGAGUCACUUGGAGCGUUCGAACUUGCUAGACUAUGACGAUCUUCUGGUGCGAUGCGUUGAACUUCUUCGCAAGUUCCCUUCUUGUGUGUCUAACAUACAGACGGUCUUGAUCGACGAAUACCAAGAUACAAACGGCGUGCAAUACGAGCUUAUGCGACUGCUUGCCCAAAGGCAUCAGAGAAUUACCAUUGUCGGCGACCCAGAUCAGAGUAUCUACGGAUGGCGAUCGGCCGAAAUCAAGAACUUAUGGCGAUUGCUUCGCGACUACCCAAAGACCGACGAGAUUUCGCUCGAAGAGAACUACCGCUCAUCCCAAGCUAUCCUCGACCUAUCGCUGCUGGUGAUUCAGCAGGACAAGAAGAGAUAUCAGAAGGUGUUGAAACCAGUCCAUGACAGAGGCUCCCGUCCAGUCUUGCGCAAACUCAAGAAUGCAUCUACUGAAGCAGAGUGGAUUGUCGCCGAGAUACGCCGUGCGCUUCUUAUGUCCGGGUCAAUGUUGACCUACAACGAUGUGGCUAUUCUUCUGCGCUCAGCAUCGCUGUCAAGACACGUCGAAAGUGCCCUCGGAAAAGCCGGAGUUCCUUACCGCAUGGUCGGUGGCUUCAAAUUUUACGAGCGAGCAGAGAUCAAGACUGUCCUCGAUUAUCUACGAGUUAUUCAUCAGCCAGACAACAACGAUGCGAUUGGGAGGAUCAUGAACGUCCCCAAGCGAGGCAUUGGCGAUGGCACUAUCAAGAACCUUAUCGAAGAAGCAGAGAAAUCGACUCUCAGUCUUUUCAGUCUUCUUGUCAAACACUGCCGGGGAGAUCGGACGGCCAAGACCAAAAUCACCAAGCAUGCCGAACAGAAGAUUAGUGGUGAACUGAUUCGCAUGUUGAAUGGUAUACGGAAGAAGAUGGAAGAGGCUACAGAGAGCAAACCGUUUGGCUUGGUCGAUCUGAUCGAGCAUUUGCUUACGGCCUUAAACUUUCAAAACUACCUUCAGGUUACGUAUCCCGACGACCACGAACAAAGAUGGGCCAACGUACAGGAGUUCAUUAGUCUUGCCAAUGACUUCGUGCGAGACUUGGACAGGUCCGGAGAGGAUGCUCUUCCAGAAAUCGAAGGGCUUGAGCAGUCAAAGGAGGAGGAAGUUCUCCCGCAGUUCUUGGCCAAUGUGUCCCUGGCUUCUGAUGCACAAAAAGGAGAAGAGGGCCAAGAGAGCAAGCCCUUGGUUACCAUAUCGACCAUUCAUGCCGCCAAGGGUUUGGAGUGGCCCAUCGUUUUCAUACCAGCUGUCUACAACGGCUCUAUCCCGCAUAUGCGGUCCGACGACGGUGAUGAAGAGCGAAGACUGCUAUACGUCGCCAUGACACGAGCUCAAUCCUUGCUAUACCUCAGCUACCCAGUCUACAGCAGUCCCGGUAGCAGCGAACGUACCGAGUUAUCUUCUUUUGUAUCACCUGUUGCCAACUCUUUCGCGAAGAAGGGCCCCAAUUUCGAACGAUCACUGAUGCGCCACAUCGCAAAGGUGCUCCAACGGGAGCUACCUUCCGAAAAGGAUAUCUUCAAGGGGAUCCCCAACAUGUCCCAUACCGAGGAUAAUAUGUAUCCCAUUGACCCAGACGAGAAUCUCCAAGAAAGUGGACAGGGCUUUGACCCGUCGCGAUCGAAACGUCCCAAGCUCUACAACCCAGUGGCGAUAUCAACAGGAGACGGUCAUGAAGAACCUCAAUGGGCCAAGCCACAUGCUACGACGAUGGACCAAGCCUCAACCUUCACCAUGGCUUCCCUCCCCGGCUUCGUCAACGCAGCCGUCCAUCAAGCAGCCAUCACCGCCGCGGCCAACGCCAGCGCCGCUGCCGCCCUGGAAGCCAGAGCCAACAAGGCCUCAGCUUCAUCAGGCAUAAAGCGAGGCACGAACAAACGACCAGCCGACCAGAAGAGCAUCCUCGGAUUUGUUAAGACCAAUUUCGAGCCCGCCACCGGCUCCGGUUCAGCCAUUACCUCCACCUCCACCUCUAUCACCACCAACCGUCCCUCUGCCCCAACUCCCCGUCUCCCGCAACCAAGCCUAUCCCGCAACCCAUCACUCCCCACAACCCGCGCCCUCACCGGCCACGGUCUCCAAAGAGCCCAAAGCCAUCCCUCCAAACCCUCUGUUCCCAUCGCAGGAAUAGCCGCAGGUAUAGCCCCCGAACUAGCGUCCCAUAAGCUGGGAACUAGUCGUGGUCUGAACCUCAAUGUUACUCGUCCUCCUUCUCUGCAACCACCCAAAGAUUCUUCUGCGUCUUCGUUUCACUAUAAAAAGCAGUAUGUCUGUUUUUCUAGCUCGCCUACGAGGCCUGAACCUGACGAUUUCGCUGCUCCAACUACUGGGAGUGGGGAGAGGGAGGAGGAAGAAGAAGAAAACGAACAACCGCCUACUCCUACAAGACCGGCGGGGAGUUUGCAUGUUACUACUUGUCAUAAUGUUUUGCCUACGGGGUUGGGUGGGUAUCCUGGGAGACGGGCAGGAGGCGGAGGAGGGGUUGGGGGAGGGGCAGCGGGAGCGGGCGCGGGAGUGGUGAGGAAGCCUGUGGGGUUGGCGAGGUUGGGCGGAACGGAGGGAAUGGGGGCGGGUAUGGGUAUGGGGGGUAUUAAACCGAUGGAGAGGUUGAUGAAACCUUUUAAGCCUUUGACUAUGAAUCGGGCUGUAGGUUCUGGGGUUAGUGGUGGAGGUGGUCGAGGGAUCGGUGGGAGUGGAAAUGGAAGUAGAAGUGUUGGUGGUGGUAGUGGAAGUACGAUGGGGAGACCGGGGGUGCAGAGGCCUGGGAUGGGGAGGUAAGGCUGUGAGGUAUGAGAUUUAGAGAGUUCGAGGUGUUUAUGGUGGUGUAUGCAUUGUGAAAUGUUGUGAUUGUUGUACUGGUGUAAGGUGUUUGAUUCAAGGAAAAGAGAAAACGGAUCACAAAAGUUGACGGCCCCAGGGCAAAAGUAUCAUUUUCGAAUUCGGUCACGGAGUAUCUUUCAGCAUGUUUAUCUGAUACGGAGAAACAUUUUAUAUUUAGAAUGGAGCACGCAGGCAAGCAUCAUCUAUUUCCAUGACAACCUUUUACAUUCC